CUGUGCAACUAAACUUGGGCUUUGGGUUGGACGCUUAACUACUAUCACUAUGAGUCAUAGCACUAAGACUACGAUUACCUCUUCUUCAGUUGUUGGAGGUGGCGGUGGACGUAUCUCUAGUGGAGGUGGUGGUGGAGGACGUAGCUCUAGUGGAGGUGGUGGUGGGCAUUCUUCAAGCUCCACUAGAAGGAUAACCAGUGGUGGAAGCUUUUCUGGUAGAAGUUAUGGUGGAGGAGGUUCCAGAUGUGAUUAUGGAGGGAGAAUAAGCUGUGGUGGUUAUGGAGGAGGAAUAAGCAGUGGCAGUUGUGGAGGGGUAAUAGGCGGUGGUAGUUAUGGAGGGGGAAUAAGCGGUGGUAGUUUUGGAGGGGGCUUUGGAUCAAGUUGUGGUGGCUUCGGGGGAUUUGAUGGUGGUUAUGGAGGUGGCUUUGGUGGAGGUGGAGUUGGUGGCUUUGGUGGCUUUGGUGGAGCUGGUGGCUUUGGUGGCGAUGAUACUGGUAUCCUCUCCAACAACGAAAAGAUAACCAUGCAGAACCUUAAUGACCGCUUGGCUUCUUACCUGAAUAAGGUGCGAGCUUUGGAAGAAGAAAAUGCUAAUCUUGAGAAUUUAAUCAAGGAAUGGUAUCUGAGGAAAGGUCCAAUUGCUACAUUAAAGGACUACAGUCGCUAUUAUGAAGAAAUUGAACAACUUAACAACCAGAUUGUUAAUUCAUCUGUGGAGGUUAACAAGGUCAUUCUGAAUAUUGAUAACACUAGGAUGACUAUUGAAGACUUUAAACUGAAAUAUGAGACUGAAUUGGGUCUCCGCCAGAAUGUGGAGGGUGAUAUUAAUGGCUUACGCCCCCUGUUGGACCAACUGACCCUAACCAGGUCUGACCUGGAAUUAGAGUUUGAAUCCCUGAAGGAGGAACUGAUUUCUCUCAAGAAGAACCACGAGGAGGAACUUAGAGGACUGCAACCACAGACCAGUGGUGAUGUUAAUGUGGAGGUCAAUGCUACUCCAGGCUACGAUCUGACGGAAAUACUAAAUGACUUGAGAAGAGAAUAUGAGCAUAUCAUUGAGAACAACCGUAAAGAGGUGGAAAAAUGGUAUGAAACCAAGAUUUCAGAAGUUAAUCACGAAGUCCACUCGAGUGGUCGAGACAUAGAGUCAAGCACCAAACAGGUCACAGAGCUGAGACGUGAAUAUCAGAACGUGGAAAUCGAGCUGCAGUCCCUCCUCAGCACGGUACAGUCUUUGCAGUCCUCCUUGGCUGACACAGAAGGUCGCUACAACAUACAGCUGAAUCAGAUCCAGACCAUUAUUGUCUCUGUGGAAGAAGAACUGGCAAGUAUCCGAUGUGAAAUAGAUAAUCAGAAUCAAGAGUACAGACUGCUCCUUGGCAUCAAGAACCAGCUGGAACAGGAGAUCGCUCAGUACCGGCAUCUACUUGAUGAAGGAAAUCAAGAAAUUAGUAUUACACGAGAAGGAGGUGGCUAUUCUUCAGGAGGAGGAAGAGUCAUUGCAGGAUCAGGAGGCAGAACUGGAGGAAGUAGCAUUACUUAUGGAGGUAGCAUAGGAGGAGUAAGAGGAGGAAGUAUCACUGGAGGUGGAGGAUCUGGAGACAGAACUGGAGGAAGUAGCAUUACUUAUGGAGGUAGCACGGGAAGAGGAAGCGAAAGAGGAGGAAGUAUCACUGGAGGUGGAGGAUCAGGAGGCAGAACAGAAAUAAGAGAAGGUAAUGUCCAUUAUGGUGGAGGUGGCACAGUAAGAGGAGGUGAAAUUUGCUCAGGGGAUGGAACAGGAGGAAGAACAUGUGGUGUAACUGGAGGAGGGGAGAGAAUUUCAGGUGGUAGUAGUAGUUCUUCCCACUCCUAUUCAUCUUCCCAUGGCCAUUCAUCUUCUCAACCAUCCAAGUCUGGUGAAAUCUAUGCACACUCAAGAAAAUCCUUCGAUUAACCAGACAUGUCGAUGAUCCUCCAGCCAAAGACCAGACAAAGUUAGAGUGAACUCACCACAUUUCCUGCAUGCCUAAACAAAGAGCAAGGAGAAAUGCUCCUAAUAGUUAUUCAGUGCUGCUGCCAUUUAUCUAUAGGGGUCCAUCAGAGCUGUUCAGAUAGGCCACUUUCCCGCCUAUUGCUACCCGCUUUUUCCAUUCUGUAAUUCCAUUCUGUAAUGUUCUGACAAUCUGUACCAAGGUUGGUAAUCUGCCUUCCAGUGAAAAGUGUCUCUAAUAAAACUUUAUUUCUGCCUGAUGCAAUCAGAAA